AUGUGGGAUUUCGUGUUUGAAUAAUGCAAGGAAAGUGAUAAUUAUCUAAUUGGAUGCAAUAUCUACAUAAAUAAAGUCGGGUGCACAUCCCAAUUGGGAUCCAGCAUCGCAAAAGUCGCAUACUGCAAGUUCGACGGAAGAUGCUAGUAGAUUAAUGAUUUGGAGAGCGAACAAUGCUCCGAUAAUCUCAACCGAUACGGCUGUCUAGCAAUACAGAAUCCACACUCUAUUUGUAAAUGGGAGAACAACCAAUGCUUGACUGUCACGGGACAAGAUAUCAACAAAAUCCAGGAGAACUUUAACGUGGUCUAUUACAGUAGUAAUGCUUGUCAAUAUGUAACCAACUAUUUGGUCAUCCAUCACACAGUCUUAUGGGAAUUGUUGUCAUAUGAGCCUGAUUUGUAGUGGGAAGUGAAUCAAUAUAUAUUGAAUUCAGCAUAAAAAAUAGAUUAAGAUUUAAGUUUAUUAUAAAAUAGCUAUACCCGAAAUCAAUUCUUCAAACCCUUUAUGUUUGGGGAGAAGUAUUAAACCGAAAGCAACAGAUUUCGACUGGGAUGCAAUGCCAUUGACAUUAGAGAUGACGACGAUUUCAACCUUUUAAUUAAUCUGUCUCAAGAUACUUUUGGAGUCAAUCAUCUCUAUUGCAAGUACGUCGAAAAAAACACUAGUUUUGUGAUAUUUAUGAAUGGCAGAUGUCAACAAGUGUCGCCAGCUCUAUUGGCUACUACUUCCUUUAUUGAUGACAAUCAGAUCUAAUGCAAAUAAUUGAGCUAUUAGUUAUGUUCAAUCUACAAAUCAAAAACAAGGAAAUGCUACAUCCCAAACAAAACUCAAGAAUUCACAUGUCGAGAAGGGGAGUCAAAGGUUGACUUGGACUAGGAAUGCAUGUUACAACGAGAUUUCGAACCUUAUUAUCGAUGUGAACAAAUAAAGUACUGUUAUUUUGAUAUCAACAAACAAUAUUGUUCAAACUUUUGUUUUAGUCUUAGGAAGAAACCUGAUUGUUUAUCCAGUGGAAUCUGUUUAUGGCAGGGCAUCGAUGAAAAUGAACAGAAUGACCUGUUGUCAUGUAUGCCUUUGUAUGGAUGUAAUCAAUUAGGAAUAGAUAUCUAUUAUUGUAAAUAUUUGUAAGAUUAUUGUGAUUGGUAAGACGGUCAUUGUUUUUCGAUGAGCGAGGCUUACGCAUUUUCAUUGACAUGCCAACAAGCAUUCAACAAGUAUGUAUGCUUGAAAAUCUAGAAAUCGGAUCAACAUUGCAUUUGGUAUAAUGAACAAUGCAUUAAUUUCAUUGAUUACGAAUUGAAGUACUUGUUUAAUACACUGCCAUAUGUGUACAAAAUGAACAGGAAUAUGUGUAUAAACUUUAGGAAAGAUAAUUUUAUGUUUAAUCCAAUUAAUUACCAAUGUGAAUAUUAGGUCAAAUUACAAAUUAAUUGCAACAACAGAAUGAUUAACAAGUACCAUUGCUAUAAUAUUGUCAAUGAUCUCUGUAAAUGGGAUGACUAUUUGAAUUAGUGUAUGACUAUUUUGAAUAGUGAUACCUACUAUUGCAACCAAUUAACCAAUGUGUCAUUCAGAGUCUGUCUUAAUGCUAAGGUGAGAAAUCCGACUAAUGAUUGCCUCUAUGAUUGGGAGUCAUUCUCCUGUUAUGAAGGAUCCCAACAAGAUCAACUCAUUUAAGAGGAGAGUGAUUGCUACAAUGUGAAUGUCAUUAAGCAAUUCAGACAAUGGAAUCAAGGGAAGUGCGUAGAAUUGUCAAUAUAGGAAGUGAAUAAUAUUCAAUGCAUCUCAUGGAGAAAUGUAAAUCGAAAUGUGUGUGUUAUGAAUGUAUACAGUAAUCAACCAUGUAUUUACGAUGAAAAGCUAAAGUUAUGUUACAAUGAUAUCAUUAUUAACAAUUGCUCAUCCAAUUUUAAUAGAUUUGCAUGUUUAUAAUCUACUAGUAAGUGUUAUUACGAUAUUUUGAAUGAUAAAUGUAUGGAUACUAGUUAAGAAAUGCUAAGCUAGUUGAGUUGUACUGCCUAUGUAUCAUAAUCAACAUGUAAGAGCAUUGAGACUCAGAAUUAGAAAUGCAUGUGGGACACUUACUUCGCUGAAUGCAGAUAAUACGAUCAGCUAUUCCAAUACUGCGAUCAAUUUUAACUCAAUCGACAGGCUUGUACUUCACAAAGAGCUUCAACCUCUAUUUAAUAUCACUAUUACCAUCAUUGCUAAUUCAAUGAGAGCACUUUAAAUUGCGAAGUAAGAAAUGAUGUUUUAACUGAUUGUGGUGCUAGUCAAUCAAUCAAUUUUCACAGAUGCGUAUAAUAUACUACUGGAACUUGUUUAUUUGAUCAGAACAAAUGUUUUGAUGUAUCAAAUACAUCGAGUAGAUUAGAUUAAUUGUACUUGAGUGAAAUGUUGUGUGAACAAGCCAAUGCUGAUGCUUGUAAAUAAAUUGCCAAUCCAUCAUAAGGAUGCAAAUUCACAACCUUUUAGAAAUUCGAUUACAUAGAUACCAGAUGCACUAAUUAAGAGUUUAAUAAGUCAACAUGUACUAGUUUGGCAGCAAGUACUUCAACUAAUAAGAUAAUAUGCAGUAAAGCAACAGAUAAUUGUUAUUAUUCUACCACUAGUAUGAAAUGUAUUGCCUUAACAUCAUCCAUUAUACCUUAUUGCCAUUUAUUGGCAAUGUCGUAGACUGCUUGUUUAUAAUGGACUAUUGGGAAAUGCAUCUUCUAUCAAGAUCAAUGCUAAUAUCAUAGAACUCAUAAUCCAGUGGCAUGUGAAGUGAGAAAUUACUAAGCAUGCAUUACUAGUAACCAAUUAAAAUGUGUCUAUAAUUCUAAUCUUAAACAAUGUUUGCCAUAAAGCUUUGAUUGUAUCAAGAGAGUAGAUUCCAUCUUAACGUAUUCUUGGUCAACAUGCUCAAUGAGUGCAUAGAAUUGUUAUGGUUUCAACUCACAAUGCAUUGUUGGUCAAGUCAAUAAUGUGCCUUGUGAUCUUCCAGGAUUAUCUUAGAGUGUUUGCAAAUCCCAAAAUAUCUAUUGCGAGUUCUUGAAUGGGUAUUGUUAAUUUUAGCUACCUCGAACUUGUAAUGAGAUCAUCAACAAGGAUUAAUGUGUGAAUAAUAAAUUAAAAGGAUAAUAUUGUGUAUUUCACAAUAGUAUCUGCUUUAAUGUAACAGAACUUGAUUCCUUUACAUGCAAUCAAUUUGAUUAUACUUCAUUCCACUUUUGCAAGCAGUAUCCUAAUUGUUCUUAUGAUUUUACUACAAAUUUAUGUUAGAUUAAGGAAACUACUCUGAGUCAGAAUUGCUUAGAUAAUAAUACGAAUAAUUUGUUGUACUAAUAUAUAAAUAACGAAUGUGUACAUGUUGAAUCAAAUAUACCAAGUUGUCUUAGUAUCUAAAAUAUCCAGGUCAAUUAUAAUCUUUGUUAAACCAUAAGUGAUAAUGAUAAUAAUCAAUGUGCUUACGAUUUCAAUACUCAUCUUUGUAAACUCACUUAUUAUUCCUACUUUAACUCAUGCUCAGAUAUCUAAUCUGAAAUCCAAUGCAUCUUUGCUAAUUUGGCAUGCUAUGCUAAUUAUGUUAAUUCUGUUUAUCAAUCCUGUACAUCCUCAUCAUUAUCUGCUUCGAGUAAAAUUAAUAGAUAUGGAUGUGUUCAGAUUGAGACUGCUGCCUACCUCUUUAAUAAUGAUGAUUGGACUUGUCCUACGGUCUCUAUUAGAACAGAUAACUUGAAAUUAAUGCAUUACACUAAUUAAUUGAAUCAAAAGGCAUGUUAUUUACUAGGAUCAGUUUAUUCACCUACUCUCUACUUGAGAUGGUACAAUAAGGAAUGUGUUGAAUUAACACUUAAAUAAGCCACCUAUUUGACCUCAUGCGCUAAUCUUAAUAAAAAUGCUUGUUUGGCAGUAGCCAGAUUAAAUUGUCAAUGGAAUUCAAAUGACAAUUUAUGUUCAGAAGAUACAAAAACAUAAUUUGCAGUUACUAGUUGUGAAGCCUAAGUGGUGGCAACUAAUUUAAACUCUCAAGGUCUUUGUGCCAAAAUAAGUGGUUUAAAGUGUAUCUAAAAGUCGAAUUAACAAGGUUGCGAAUCAUUGGCUACAACUACAUACAAGUCUGUAUUUAAAUGUACAGGUCUAGGUUUAAAUCGAGAGGCUUGUUUGACGGAAACCAAACUUGCCAAUUGCUAUUGGAAAGAUGACAUUUGUGAGGAUGCUAAUUUUAUAUUACAGAAAUGUGAGGAUGAUGUUUCAGAAUAUACAUGCAAGAAUAUUACUCGAUAAAUAUGCCAAUGGACAAAUUCAAAAUGUUCUAUUAAGAUUGAGGAUUUCACUUCAUGCUAACUUUCCAAUGGUUACAUCAACUUUUGUAGAAACAACUAGAAUCUCAAAUGUAAGUACAACUAAUAGACUAACUCAUGUGAAAGUUUCUCAUACACUCCAGUCGAAUGUGAUACUACUUAUAGUAAAUUUGCAUGUCGUAGUGUCAUCAAUAAAACCUGUGAAUGGAAUAAUAACCAAUGCUAAGAAAUAUUGGAGAUUACAUCUUGUCUUUCUAUUUACAAUUAGCAAUCCUGUUUAUUGAAUGAUGUAUUCAGUUGUAUCUGGGAUACUAAUAAAGGUUGUCUAGAAUAUGUAUUGAAUCACAAAGUGGAUUUCUUUAACUUACCAGCCACAGCCAAUAAGAAUGUCUGCAUCUAUUAUUCAAAGCAGGAAACAACAUAUGUACAAUAUAAAUGCACAAAUAUCCUAAAUUACAACCAGAUAUAAUAUAAGUCUUCAAUCGAUCUAGGUGAUCCAAUUGUCAAUAUUGCAUGUCAGAGUUAACUAACCCUAUCAGAUUGUCUCUAAUUGCAUACACCAAACACUUACUGUCAAUGGAUUCAUAAUUAAUGCAUGAAUAUCCAAGAUGACUCCACAUUUUCAACUCUAUCGUGUAAUGCUGACAUCAAUGUUUGGACUUGCCUUAGAAUUACUAAUCCAUCCUAAAAUUGCAAAUGGUCUAAUCUCAGAUGUUUAAACUAUCAAGAGGGUGACUAAUUCAUGAUCAACGUUAACAUCAAUGUAUGUCGCAACUUCUCUUAGAAUAGGGUUUACAUGAAUAACUCGUGUAUUGUAUUGGAUGAUAUACAUUGCGAUUCUGAGGGAAUAAGUAAAUUUACAUGUGUCAAUAAUAAGAAUUAUGCAUGUCAAUAUGUCGAUAAUUAAUGUGUCAAUUUUUAAAUCUAAUCCAAGUAUUCACAAUGCAGUGAAAUUACUAAUGUUUCUAUAAAGGCUUGUUCAUUGAUACCCUAACUUAAGUGUCAAUAUGGCAAUAAUAAUAGCUGUGUAAAUUACGUUGAUAACACUAAAUUAGAAGGCAUUUCUAAGUUUGCUUGUCUCAGCAAGAGUGGCUAUUAUUAUUGGCAUGCUGAUUAGUGUAAAUUGAUCGAUAUCAAACUUUAUUGUGAUGAUGAUCUACAAGUCACUCGAGAAUCAUGUGUGUUAAUCAAGGAUAAGUUGUGUCUUUUUAAUUCUGCAAAUUAGACUUGCACUAGUAUCUAUAAUCCACAUCAAUUGACUUGUUCUACUAUUGGAUUAAAUAAACAGGGAUGCAUGAAAGUCUUAUAUGAACCAUGUAUAUUCAAAGAUAAUAAAUGUUAAUAUUUUGAUAACCUACAAGAAUCAUAUAUAUCGUUGAGUAAUGUAAAUGAACUUACCUGUAGAAUGUUAGCCAAUGGUUAUGUUGAAUAUAAUGAAAUUGAAGAAAGAUGUGUUUAUCAAUUGACCAAAACUAAAUGUGACAAUUUAAAUAUCAAUGCAUGCAAAUAACUUUCGUAUUGUAUUUGGAAUCAUGACUUUUCCAAGUGUGGUUGUCCUCCCUCCACUGAAGUUUGUUAUAAUCUAAGUAAAUAGGAUUGUCAGAUGUAGAAUUCAUGCAGAUAUUAACAAAAUGUGUGUUCUUUUAAAUAGUGUCAACAUUUAUCAUAAAAUGAAUGUGAGGGUUAGACUUUAAAUAACUUAAAGUGUUACCUCAACAAAUAUAAAUAGUGUGCUUAGGCAAGUAGAUGUGAAGACAUUAUAGAUUCCUAUGAUUGUUAAAAUAUCUAUUUCAAAGGAACUGCUUGUUUGUAGAUAGUUAACACUAGUCAAUGUUACUCAUAUAAUAAUUUUGAAUUAAUUUGUAAAUACUCAGAGUCCUGUCUUAACUAAUAUUGCAUUUUUGAUGGAACUUGCAAAUUGAAACAAUGCAAUAAUAUCAAGGAACAACAAGAAUGUGAAUUUACGAAGAAUUGUGCUUUUAUCAAUAAUUAAUGCUAACUCAUAAAAUCUUGCUAAGAAAUUAAUGACCCAGCAAUCUGUAACUAAUUGACUGUCAACAAUCAAAAAUGCAAUUGGCAAUAACAAAAUUUACUAGAUACAACUAAGAUAUGCACAUCACAAUCAUGUUCAAUGUUGGGUACAUCCUCUUCAUUAUGUCAUGGCAAUGAGGUCAACAAUUAUGCAUGUGUCUUAAGAAAUUACAAAUGUGUGUAAUGUGAAUUCAUAAAAGAGGUCUGUGAAUGCAACUCAUACAAAGGAAUUUGCUAUUUCAUUAAUAAUUAGUGUUCCUCACUCUUAUGCAAUGAUCUGAUGACAUCUGCAAUUUGCUCACAAUCCCCGAAGUGUGAAUGGAGCUAAUUAUUAAAUUCAUGCACUUUGUAAUGCAACUACAAUUACCAAGAAGAAUUAUGUUUGGUUAGAAAGGAUGAAUGUCAUUGGAAUCAAUAUAAAAGCUUUUGUCAAAGUGGUCCUGAAUCUAUUCCCACACUGUUUAACUCAACUAAAUCCAAUCAAAAUUAUCAGUAACAUCUACUUCUUCCAUUAGUAAUUAUGUUAUAUCUAUGA